AUGUCUGCUAUUUCGUCGAGUUCGAGGACGCUACGAAAUGGGUUCUUAUCCAUCCAGCCGACCAAGUUUGCUACCCCCCUCGACUAUGCCUAUUACCAAUACCGCCUCCUUGAUGAGAGUCUUAGGCUCCCGCCGGAAAAGCUGUCUCAGCAAGUCGCAGAGCUCGAGGUAUUUGCGCUACAGGACCUGAAGAACAGACUGCCUAACAUCGUUGAGAAUCAGCAUCCUUUUGUUCUGACCCACACGGACCUUCGUCCGACUAAUAUCAUAGUUGACGAGAACAUGCAGAUUCAGGGCAUCAUCGACUGGGAAUGGGCAAGGACGGUACCGCGACAGUUCUUCCUACCACCGACAUGGAUUGCAGGAUGCCCUCCGGACAUGGUGUCUGGUGUGGAAUUUCGGAUCGAAUACCGCUGGCUUCGCGACGUUCUCUGGGCAGACACAUCUGAGCAUUGUCGUCAACUCGCUUCUGAGUGGAACCGGAAGCUCCCGAGGCGCAUCGACAUGUCGUUAGCCGUCAUCUUCGGACAUCAUAGUUCUUUCGUCAACGCAUACUACAGGGGCGUCUUUCCCAUGUUCUACGAAUCUUCUUGGGGGCAGGAAGUCAAACAGUUUUACGAGUGCGAUGGCCCAGAUGGAAAAUUCUCCCUCGAUGUUCAACAACGUUUGAGGGAGUCGAAACGGUAUGCGCAAUACUUGGAGAAAUUGGGCCCGCUGCUUGUUCUCCUGAAGCUGUUCAAGUUCAUCCAACGACACAUUAUCCAGGUCCCCUUGCAAUUUCUCAAGCUCGACCCGCCACAGUUCAAGCUCCUCUUCCGCCUCAUCCAUCUCUUCAUCGAUCUCCACGAUCCUUUUCCGGGCGUUUAUGACCGAGUCGGUGAUGUUGACGGCCGCACGCCCAUGACGCUUUUCUGUCGACCCAGAUGCACUUCGCGAGAUCAUAUUGAGGACAUCUGGGUCGAUGGUUGCGACGAGAGCAUUUUGCCUAAUCAGUUGGUCCUUCAACUUAGUGCUCAACUCCCUCUUCUCUUCGAUCGCCUCGAUUUUGGCUCCAACCUCUAG